CUAUAAAAGCCACGCAGGGAAGGAAUUAUUUCCUUGUUGGAUGAGAUAUAUUUUCUUGGUGUGUUGGAUUGAACUUUACUGUCGGACGACAAAUCAGCGAAACAUUUGCAAUGAACGCCAAAGGACUAUCGCGCCGAUCUUUUCAAAUGGCGCUCAUCGUCCUGAGUUGGUUUGCAGCCAACAGUGACUGCUCUAUUUCGACAAGUGAACCAUACGAUUUGGUGUUUGUGACCAACCUAGACCCUCCAGCGAUUUUCAAAGCACCGGCAGACACCUUUGAGUUCACUGCCAUCCCUGGCUUGGACGAUCACCUUAGCACACCCGUUGCCGUUGACUAUGACCCUGUUGAUGGCAUGGUGUACUGGACAGAUGUCAGGCGUGAAACUAUUAGUCGCGCCUUUCCAGAUGGAACCGGCUUUUACGUUGUUGUAUCGAAUCUUAAAGUCCCUGAUGGAUUGAGUCUUGACACUGUGAACCGCAUGAUGUACUGGACUGAUACAGGCAGUGAUCAGAUUGAGCGAGCUACCAUGGAUGGACUUGAUCGCUCCGUGAUUCUGGAUCUCAGAAGUCCAACUGAGGACGUGGACACAGUCCAGCCGCGAGCAAUCGUUGUAGACACCAGCAAUGACCGUCUCUACUGGACUGACUGGGGAAGUGCACCGAAGAUUGAGCAAGCUAACACCGACGGCAGGCUCCGCAGAGUCUUGGUCGACACUAAUCUUCAACUGCCCAAUGGGUUAGCUUUGGACACGAAUGGCAGGAGGCUGUUUUGGUGUGACGCGGGACUGGACCGUUUAGAAUCCAUUGACCUCAACGGAGGAUCCCGGACGUUUUACAAUAACAUCAUCAGCCUGCUGUUCGACAUCCAUCCCUUCGACGUCUGGUUCUAUCAAGGUCAAUUAUACUGGAGCGAUUGGCGCUUUUUGAAGCUUGUCCGUAUGCAGUUCAACCCAAUAGUGGUUAGUCUGCAUGGGUCCACCGGCUUCGAAAGAGCAGGAGGACUGCAUAUUCACGACGAUUCCUUCGUGGAUCACAGCUGCUUUGGCAGGACGCCUUGCAAGCUUGGGGAGCGUUGCCGACAGUUCCAGGACCACUACGAGUGUGUCUGCCAAGACGGCUUUGCUGGACUUUUCUGCAAACUCGACAAUCCGUGUGCAUCUUCACCAUGCAACAAUGGAGGCAUCUGCCGUCAGUCCUCCCGGCUUGAAGGUGGCUUUUUCUGCAAGUGCACUGACAGAUACAUGGGAACCUACUGUGAGCGAUUUGUGCCUGCGUGCAAUUCUAGUCCGUGUAUGAACGGGGGAACAUGCUUUGACGAGGUGCCAGAUAGCUUCCGAUGUGAAUGUACCGCUGGCUUCGUUGGAACAACCUGCGAAAGAAAAAGCUACCCAAACGAUCUUGCCUUUGUGGCUAACCUAAUGCCUCCUGGGAUCUUCAUGGCGCCAACGGACACUUUCAAUUUCACUCUGAUCACUGGUCUCACCGAUUACCUGAGUCGACCCGUUGCUAUCGACUACGACCCCGUCGAUGGCAUGGUGUACUGGACAGAUGUUGGGCAUAAUACCAUCAGUCGAGCCUUCUCGGAUGGGACGGGUUUCAUAGUCCUCGUUUCUGGUCUAAAGGUUCCAGAUGGUCUUUGCCUUGAUGUCGUUAACCGGGUGAUGUAUUGGACAGAUGAGGCUACUGACCUGAUCGAGAAGGCUACCAUGGACGGUCAGGAUCGGUCAAUAGUCCUCAACCUGAAAAAUGAAUCUAUAGAUGAGGUGAAGCCUCGGGCAAUUGUCAUUGACACUACCCACGGUCAUCUGUACUGGACAGAUUGGGGCAGUGCACCGAAGAUUGAGCGCGCCAACAUUGAUGGUUCGUCUAGGACAGUCCUCGUAGACACUGGAUUGCAACUGCCAAACGGUGUGGCACUAGACCUAGAAGGCAACAGAAUGUAUUGGUGUGAUGCUGGGCUGGACCUCAUUGAGUCCACGGACCUCCUCGGCAACGAUCGCCGUGUCCAUGCUGAGCUCUCCUCGGAAGAAAUCCAUCCGUUCGACAUCUGGUUUCACCGGGGAGUCGUGUACUGGACUGACUGGCGCUUUAAGACAAUUCUCCGUAUGGACUUUAUUCCUACAACUCCGGUUGCCCUAUUUGGCUCGACAACAUUCUUGAGAGCCGGGGGCUUGCACAUCUAUGCUGACACGCUAUCAGCUCACGAAUGUCGAAAUCCAAUGACAUGCAAAGAGGGUGAACGGUGUCGUCAAUACAAGUACACCCAUAAGUGUGUGUGUAAGGAUGGCGAGGCGGGGGCCAACUGUAAGCUAGAAAAUCCAUGUGCAUCCUCACCUUGCAAAAAUGAAGGGAAAUGCUUCCAGUCUACAAGUACAGACGGGGACUAUUUCUGUCAGUGCACCGAUAGAUACACCGGCAAGUCAUGCGAAACAUUUGUGUCUCCUUGUGAAAGUAACCCGUGUAUGAAUGAUGGAAGGUGCGUUGUUGAAUUACCUGACAGCUACCGGUGUGAAUGCCCCUCUGGGUACGUCUGGGAAAAUUGUGAACAUGAAAGCAAGCCCCAUGAUCUGGUUUUUGUGGCCAACCUAGACCCCCCGGGAAUCUUCGUGGCCCCGACAGACACCUUCAAUUUGACCGAAAUCCCAGUUCUCGACCAAAAAAUCAGCCGACCCGUUGCUAUUGACUACGACCCCGUCGAUGGCAUGGUGUACUGGACAGACGUCACACUUUCAACCAUCAGUCGCACCCUCCUGGAUGGUACCGGCCUGUUGGUUCUUAUAUCGGGACUGAAAAAUCCAGAUGGGUUGAGUCUUGACAUUGAGAACCGAGUGAUGUAUUGGACCGAUUCAGGCAGUGAUCUUAUUGAGCGAGCUACAAUGGACGGCCAGGAUCGAGCCGUGGUUCUCAACCUGACCAAUGGUUCCAUUUCGGAUGUGAUGCCAAGAGCAAUCAUUGUUGAUUCAAAGAACAGCUACCUUUACUGGACAGAGGUAGGCAGUUCACCCAAGAUUGAACGGGCAAACACCGAUGGAACAUCGCGCCAAGUUCUGGUAGACACAGACCUCAAGUGGCCAAGUGGACUAACUCUGGACAUUGAAGGUGGAAGAAUUUACUGGUGUGAUGCUGGGCUGAACCGCUUCGAGUCUACUGACCUGCUCGGUGAUGACCGUCGUAUCCAUGCUGACGUAGACCCUAUUGAGAUCCACCCGUUUGACGUCUGGUUGUACGGAGACAACUUGUUUUGGACGGAUUGGCGAUUCCCUCAACUCUUCCGCAUGAACUUCCUUCCUGACAUGGGUGUCGAAGGAAUGGGACCGCUCAUCCUAACGAAAGCUGGAGGCUUGCACAUUUAUAGCGACAACUCUACCGAUCACAGCUGUGCAGACUCCAUGCCUUGCGGAGAGGGUGAACGCUGUCGUCAGUUCCAGACCAGCUAUCAGUGCGUCUGCAAGGAUGGGCCAGAUGGAGCUAGCUGCAACUUGAAUCACCCAUGUAAGAACAAAGAUUGCAGCCUUGCCGGGACGUGCUACCGGUCCGCCAGUAUUGAAAGUGGGUAUUUCUGCAAGUGCGUUGACAGGUACUCUGGAACCAACUGUGAAAUUUAUGAGAAGCCAGAGAAGCUGAAUAUCAAUCUUUCAUCACCUCUCCAAGGAAAUGACAAAGGACAAGGCAAUGACUCUUAAGGAAACAGGACAUCCCACUGGCAUAAAAAAAAUUCACUGUUGGCCUUGUAAGGAGUAGAUCCAGGUUGAGAAACAAGACAUGACUUUGUAUGAAAUGUCUCUGAGCCAGAGAACUAAAGUAAAAGCUAAUUAGAUAUUACCAAGGAUUACACAGAUGACGCUAAAAACCUCGCAGUUAUGUUUACCUUAGGAACAGUGGCGCCCCCAGGAGGGGAGGACCGGAACGGACCGGAAUGUAUCCUCCAAGGUCAAGCCCCCCCCCUCCGGUUGUGCCACACGGAACUGGGAUUUACGGCUAUAUCAGAGCUAGUAGUUUAAUAACGGUACAAGUAUCUUCGUUCUUGAAAAAGCCGAAUACAGCAAAAACUGAAACUGAAACAAAAAGAAACAGAAAGACAAAAUGGAGGCUCACGCCCCUCAGCCUCAUUGAUAGUGCCACUGUGUAGGAAGACAAGAUUUGGUAUAGUGAAGGUGCGUUGACAUUUAUCCAUUCUUUGCUAUACACGCCUAAAAUUUCUUAAAUAUUACAAAACCAUUCUGUCACGUCUGACACAUUACGUAAACGUGAUACCCAGGGUGUAGUACCGUAGAUAAAGUAAGGUGAUAACUGUUAAUUUCAAGGGUAUAUAAGGUUUUCCCGUUUUUCGUAGAAUCAGUAAUCGUUAGACAGUAUUCACCUUUACGGAAGCGUAUACGGGCCACUUGCAAAAAACAUUCGAGAUACUUUCUCGCCACGGUGAGUUAGCUAAAACUAGUUCAACUUGCUGCAUAUUAAGACUAAGUCUGGAUAUCAGACCCAAUGAUUCUGACUAUUCUUCUUAUCAAGGGUCCUGUAUCACCCAACGUCCACGUGACCAACACUCCCCCAGAUUUCCGGGAAUAGCCGAACCAUUCCGAUCUGAUCAUGUCCUAUUAAAUUCAAUUUAGCGUCAAUACUUUUUCUUUAAUGCUCUUUAAAACUGUAAAAAAUGUUACGAAGAUUAAAAUUGGUAGGCAAAUGAAAGGGGAGAGGAAAAAGACCAUUCGGACGGUUUCGUUAAGAUUCGCGCAUUUCCGGCGCCGUCUGUACCAAGCAUUUUGUGAACUGUCCGUGCAUGGCAUACCGGACGUAGUACACCAUCUACUACAAAGUACAACUAGGGUCAAAAAAUUGGAACAUGUUUUUGUUAAAUUGAUUGCAUGUUAGUUUUCAAUUUCACCUGUUUUAAGCGAAUGUCAUU